AUGAUACCUAUACUUGCGGCAAUCGCCACUUGCCUUUCCUUGGCCAUUGCCCACGGCUCACACUCGCAAGAAGCCCUUGCAGACCCAGCCGAAGAUUGGGCUCUCUAUCAUCUACAGGAAGAACACCAUAUAUCCAAUUUCGACGCUCCCUCAUUUUUCUCCCUCCAUGACUUCAACAACGAUGGAGCAUGGACCCCAGAUGAAGUCCGUCGCAUCUACGGCCUGGACGAUGAAUCUCUCCAAACUACGCCCGCCGAAACCAAAGACCGCGUCGUUCUCGACGUGUUCAAGAUAUUUGACCCUACUGGCACCGGCCUGAUCACACGCGCAGCCUGGGUCGACGCGAGUCGUGCCGGCAAAAAGCUACCAGACUCCAAACUGGGGCCCGGCCACCACGGAGAUGACGAAUAUGAAUACGAGAUCCACCAUUUCGAGAAAUUCCACGACGAGAAUACACAGAUCGAAGAUCUGAUCCACCCCGAGGAUAUUGAGCAUUUCAGAAAACACGAGAUGAGAGAGGAUCAGGAAGCCCGGGUCGAGAUGGAGCAGCAGCAGAGAAUCGUGGAGAGGAAUAUCCCCCCAAUGUUCAGAAAGCCACAAUGA